AUGAGUGGAAUGCCUGCGUCAACUCUCAGGUCACUAUGCAGAGAAACUGUAUUGCUACUUCGAGGAUGCAGUCUCGAUGCAUCUCAAGCUGGACCUAUCGUAUCGCAUAGUGUCAAAUCCGUAGAGAAGAUUAGGAAUAUUGAAAUGCCGGAAUUUGAUCUCUGGGUAGAACUUGAAGAGCCCAUUCGAUCAGUAAAAUUCCAUAGAUAA